AUGGAUGCUUUGAAAGACAACUACAGUUCGAGCAGUGACAACGAUACCGAGUCAGAAAGUAGUGUAGACGUCCGUGAGAGCAGUGGAACAGCAACCGAGAAGUUGCUCCUGCCUCGCGUGCCCAGUGAAAUUGCUGGGAAAUACCACAUUGAGCCGAGCGUGUCGAAGUAUGCGAUGAAGAUGCACCUUUUAGGCAGAUGGACUUCGUUUUUGUAUUUAGAGUGGAAGCCGAGCACGGCGGAGAGAUAUGAUCUGGCGCGGUAUAUCUCGCAGUACAACCGAUGGCUGGCGCGAGAGUUCAGCGGGCAGAGGAUCGUAUUCGAGCCUCUAUUUCAUACGGAGCUGGGGUCACCGAGACUGUUGCACGUCUCUCUGUCGCCCAAUUUGUAUUUUAAUGAUGACAAGGAAAGAGACCGGUUUUUCGAGACUUUAAGGGAGAGUGUGAACAGGUCUAAUACAGUGAAACCGUUCCAUCUCAAAUUCGAUACUCAACCGGCCGUCUUAUUCUCGAAACAGCAGGACGCAGCCUUCCUUGCAUUAAAGGUAAGUAAAGAGUCGUUGCCCGCGUUAAACUCUCUGAGCAGCGUCAUAGAAGAAGCUCUCAAAGGCGUGUCGCCAUCCGGUAACACUUAUGGCAAUUUUUUUGCCAAGUUUUCCAAAACCGCACACAUGUCCAUUGCGAAGACUAAACGCAGUAUACUACAGGAUCCUGAAAUUACCGCAGGACCUCCAUAUGAAUACUCGCCCAUUACUACAUUUUCCGCAGACAGCUUCAAUUUGGACAAAAACCGCUCAUACAUAACAAUCAAGCUACCGCAUCGCUAA